UUUAUACGUCUUAGGUGUUUUCUUUUUGAUAGUCAAAUAUCGGUGAAGUUCGUUCUUUGAUAGUUAUGAAUUGGGAAUUCUGCGGUUUUCUGAUCCGAGCAUUUCUCUUGCUCUAUCUUAUUGCAUGUUUGAUUCGAAUUUUGUGGCUUUCUUGUGUUAUAAGGUGAUUUACGGUAUGAAUUGAUUGAGGCGGGGUUUGGAUCUUUGUGCUUUUGGAAUCUAUUACUUUUAUGAGAAGUGAGCUUAGAGGACGCGAUGGGCCAUAAGUACUUUUCCCAUCUCUACAGGUUUCUGAGGAUUUAUUACGUCAUUUGUCUAUAUGUUGUUCUUUGGUGUAUCGUUCUAUGGAAAUCCGCUCCGUCUUCUUUUGUGGAUUUCCAUUUUCCCCUAUUGGAUUCGAUCCUCUUCGUUUUUGAUAACUUGGGGACUGAAGCUUUCUUUUUACAUCGUUUUGAGUCGGCAGUACAUAGAAAGAACGGCAAACUCUGUUCAGUAGUAUUUGAAUUGUUUACUAUUUUGCUGUCCAUGACUUAUAUGUUGUUCUUUAGUACUGUCAUAUUUCACUUUUUGAAGUUCAUCUUGAUGCUUGACCCGGGAUUGAUGGAACAUGUAUGUGACAACCUUUCUCUCCAAUCCUACAUGUAUACGGUUAUAGGAUGCUCAAAAUACUUUAAGCUUUGAUUACUUGAUUUUUGGAAAAUCAAAAUAAUGUAGAGUUGGUAGACUAUGGACACUCACUCGUGGAUAGAAGAUUGUAAUUCAUAAGCAAGUCUAGAUUUCUUGAAGCUUCACCUUGAUGGAAUGAUAAUCUUCCCUUGAAGGUAGUUGAAUGCUUCAUGUUCUUGCUUGAAUCUCUUUCUUUGUGAUGCUUACUUGCUUCUUGAUGAACUCCUCUCCUUCUUGAUUGCCUUCUAGGAUAUGUUUUUUUUCCUACUCUCCUUGAAUGGCACUAAGACCUUACUCUCUUCCUCUUAAUUUUUGGUCGAGGAAAAUUGGAGAGUGAGAGAUGGAUGAAUCAAUUUAUUGAAAAGAUUUGGUCUUUUUUAUUCAGGCAACAAUCCUUCUCGAUCCAAAUAGGUUGGAGGUAGUUUAAGCCAUUCAAACUUGGUUUUCUACAUGCUUGUACAACCCCUCGUUGUAUGAUUUGAUUUUAUAAGUUGCAAUUAAGCUAUCCAACUUUAUUUUUAUUUUCCUCCAUGACAUCUCCAUAUGUACCUUUGUGCUCCUUGGAAAUAUCUUGAACUUUGUCCUGAAUUUUGUUUUGAACUUUGGGUUUACAUUUGGGCUUGAGGUGCUAACUCUAAUGCUAGCCCAAUAUUGGUACACUCUUCUAGUCCUCCAAUUUGGCUUGGUUGGAUGAUUUUCCAAUAUCAAAUUUCUUGGAAGUGUGACCCGGAUCAAUGCUAUAAUUGGUUUUAUAUCUUAAAUUUAUGAACUUACAUGCUUUAAAAAGCAAUACUUUCUUUUCUUUCUUCUCUUUAUUAUUAUUUUUACGCACUAGAGAUUGGAAAGAUGGCAGUACAAAAGGCUGCUCCUUUGCUAGGGAAUUCUUCUCUUUGGAAUCAAUGUUUUAGUGUCAUAGUGUUGAGAGCCGAGACACGAAGAAAGUGUAGCGUUAUGCUAUCUAGGAUGACAGAUGUAUCAACGUUCUCUUUCUAAUGUAAGCCUAGCAAGCUGCUUUUCAAUAGCUCAUGAUCAGCAUAUAGAAAUGAAUAGCAGUGUUGCAUCCCCACAUGCUGGAGGAAAUAACCUAAAUAAUCCUGGUUCAACCGCUAGGCAGAGAUUGCGCUGGACAAAUGAACUUCAUGAGCGAUUUGUGGAUGCUGUUGCUCAACUAGGAGGACCAGAUAGAGCCACUCCUAAAGGUGUCCUUAGGGUUAUGGGUGUGCAAGGCCUGACCAUAUACCACGUGAAAAGCCACUUGCAGAAGUACCGUCUUGCUAAGUACCUUCCAGACUCUUCAGCUGAAGGUGCUAAAGUUGAAAAGAAGGAAUCCGAUGAUGUUCUUUCCAACCUUGAAAAUUCCACAGGGAUGCAAAUAACUGAAGCACUAAAGUUGCAGAUGGAGGUGCAAAAGCGUCUACACGAGCAAUUAGAGGUUCAAAGGCAGCUGCAGCUUAGGAUAGAAGCCCAAGGUAAGUAUCUGAAGAAGAUCAUCGAGGAACAGCAGCGACUUAGCGGUGGAUUAACACCAACCUCAACCAACCAAAGCCUAGAAGAUAAGAGUGAUCCCUCAACCCCUGUUCCAAUCACCAAGUCUUCUUUCCAAGAGAAAUCCAAUGGUAGCCUCUUUAAUAGCUUUUCUUUUGAGGACUCUCAUCAUGGACCGCUCACGCCAGAAACAGGCUCUCCAUCUGCAAGCCCGAAGCACGAACGCUCGGUUAGGAGGCAGGGAGACAAUGAUAGCCCUAAGCAUGAGCUGCUGCUUGGCCAUCACAUUCUCGAGUCAAGCUCCAGCUCCUUAUUCCUGGGCAGUGGACUUUAAGGUCACAGAGCCCCUUCCAGUAGUGAAAAUAUGCUCAGCAACUGUGAUGCUAGAAAGUGCUUUAUAUGAUCAAACUUUUUUAGCUGCUAGGUAGGCGUUUGUUCUUCAUUGUAUUGUAGGCGUUUCGAAGUUAUAUGGCAAUGUUUGUUGCACCUGUAGCAUUUGUAGCACUAUUUACUGAGGGGCGUUUAUUCAUCCUCAGAUGUAUUAUUUUUUAACAGUCUUUCAACAAUAUAAAAACUACACACUUGUUGAAGAGAGAGCAUCUAUAUGCAGCUCACAUUUUUGAUAAUCAAAA